UCAUCCAGUGACCAUCUCCUCCCCGACCCCGCCAUUUGCCAGCUCCAUCCUCAGGCGCUCGUUCUCCUCCCGCACCUGCUCCAGCUCUCUUUUUAUGAUGAUCCAUUUGUCAUAAUGUCUGACAGUGCCAUCCUCUCUCUCCAAGAUCUGUGACUCCAGGUGCCCGUGGAACAUGCUGACUCCCUCUCCAGCCAGAUAGUCGAGGAUCUGCUUGGAAGCAGUGCUGCCGGGGCCUGCGGCCCACAUGUCAAACCAGCACUUCGGACCAUCGACCAGGAAGACGUAAAUGACAUCUUUUUGACCGUCGUCUCCUCUCUGUAGAACGCCACCAAGCUGCUUCAUCUGGUCCACCCCUCCCUUGAGCACUCCGUCGGUCCACAGCUCCUCAAGCAUCGGAGGGACGAAGCCGCAAGCAGUAUGGAUCCAGCGGCCAAAGAGGAUGAUAAAGUGGUCGCCCUCCUCGGGUGGCUCCUUGACCACAUGCCCAGUAGGGAUGAGCGAUUCAUUGAGGAGCUUCCUCCAACAGGUGUAGUUGCCCUCCAUUGCCACAGGAAGAUCAGCCCACUCCUCCUCAGGGAGAGCCACCCCAUGGAGUCGACGAGUCUUAGAUGGACUGCUCAGCCCCCCGGGGAUGACUGGCUCGUACCUGCAAGUGCAAAAACACCAAUCAAUCAGUGUCCAUCGAUCAUCGAUGCGCAGAUCCCGUGAUUGGAGGUCUGGUUCGUACCCGGCCUCAACAAAAUAGUCGAUCAUGCCUCCAGAGUCUGGUGUUUCUUCGAAAGUCCUGAUGAUCUUUUGCUGGUAGCUGAAAGGGCAAAGCGUCGUCGGUGGCUCAGUCUCAUCGCCCUUGGGAAAGCCAGCAGACCCUUCUCCAAGACCUCGAGAGGUCUGCACAUCAGUGGACAGGGAGAAAGAGCAGAGGACGGGCACAGGAUAGGACGAGAGGCGGCUACUGGCUCUAUCGCGCACGCCGCGUACCGUGUAGCUGUGCCGAUGAGAUUGCAUCGCACCCGACGGCCUGAAGAGGUGGUUGGGAAGGGAGAGAGGGCUGGAGAACGAGGACACUUGCCGGCUACUCGUCUGAAGGGCCGCCGUCACGAACAGGAGCACCACCGCAGUGGUAGAUCUGAGAGGAAUCGAUUUCAAUUCAACCGAUGAAUUUAACGCCGCCAUUCUUCCCUCCUUUCAUUGCCG